UUCUGGUACCUUUUAUGCUUUUACUCAUUGACGUUUCUAUUUGACACUUGUUGAUAGCUGUACUUGACAGUUAUAAAUUAGUAAAAUCUGAAACUUGUUUUAAAGGAAACUACUUCUUAAUUAUGGCUCACCAUUUCAAAGAGGAGGAUAUCGAUGAGUUUCGUGAAUGCUUCUUUCUAUUCGCCAGAAGCGGGCACAUCAGGACGUUGGACGAGCUCACGGUUAUUAUGCGUUCUUUAGGAAUGAGUCCUACAAUCGCUGAAUUGAAGGGGUACCUCAAGGAAAAGGGAGGAAGAAUGUCUUUUCCUGACUUUUUAAAAGUAAUGCAUGCUCACAGCAGAGUGGAAAAUCUACCAAAAGAAGUAGUCAACGCUUUCAAGGCAGGCGAUCCCGCUAAAAAAGGGACCAUCCCAGCUGCUCAUCUGCGACAUAUGCUUCUCCACUGGGGCGAACAGCUUAGCGGUAAAGAAGUUGAACAGAUAUUUCGGGAAGCCAAUGUUUUACCCAAUUCAAUGGUCAAAUAUGAAGAUUUUGUUAAAAUAGCAUGCGCCCCAGUGCCUGACUAUUACUGAAUUUAUGUAUUUGUAUUUGAAUUAAAUGCACUCAAUGAAUUUUAUAGCACGUACUUAAUUUAUGAAAUAUGUUUAACUUUAAUGUUAACAAAUGCAGUAUUUUUAUGAUAUAUUAUUUAAUUUUUAUCAAAUAAACAAUAUAUUUGUUACGGU